AAACUCUGCAAUAUUAACGUCGACGGUGGAGCAGAACGGUGGUUGGGAAGGGCGGAACGGUUGUUCGGCGUUUCUUAAAACGGGAAAGGCGAAGGAUCGAGACAGCGGAGCAGAUCGAUUUGCUGAUCCUCCGAAUCGAACGAAGGCAGGCAGGCAACGGUGGGAGUUUCUUGUUCUGGAAAUCCACUUUCCCCUUUUCCAGUUGGUUUGCGAUCGACGGCCUUGUCCUCGACUAGGGUGGAGAAAUUAGACUCUUGAUUGGCGGUUUCUGCUGUGUCUUCGAGGAAUUGGAUCUGGGGCUAUGCGUAUCGAGGAGUUAGAGAAGGAGUGCGCUGGCGGAGGAGAUGGGGAGAGGUCGAUUUCAGGGAUCGGUGGCGAAAGGGUUGUGUUUCUCGAUGCGAAGAGAGCGGCGGUCGGAAUCGGGGCUCGGAUUCUCUUUUACCCGACGCUUGGGUACAAUGUUCUGCGCAAUAUGAUCGAACCCCAGUUCCAUUGGUGGGAUCAAAUCGAUGAGUUUCUACUCUUAGGUGCUGUUCCAUUUCCUAGUGAUGUUCCUCGCUUGAAGAAACUUGGCGUCGGUGGAGUCAUUACAUUGAAUGAGCCAUAUGAGACACUGGUACCUAAUUCCUUAUAUCAUGCCUACGGGAUUGAACAUUUGCUGAUACCCACAAGAGAUUACCUCUUUGCUCCAUCACUUGGAGAUAUAUGUCUAGCUGUGGACUUCAUCCAUAGGAACAGCAACAGUGGGAAAAUAACAUAUGUUCACUGCAAAGCGGGUCGAGGGCGCAGUACAACCAUUGUGCUAUGCUACUUGGUGCAACAUAAGCAAAUGACUCCAACUGCUGCAUACCAAUACGUGAAAGUGAACAGACCAAGAGUACAUUUAGCUUCUUCACAGUGGAAGGCUGUUCAACACUUCUACCACCUCAAAGUGCAAAGAAUUGAAAGGUGUAUCUCUUCUAAAGAUCUCACCAUAAAGUCUCCAAUGCUCCUCAUCACUGAAACACAUCUACACUUUGAUGAGAGCUCUUAUGAGGUAGUGUCGCAGUCAGACCUUGAUGGAUAUGACCGAUACAUCAAAACAGGCGUUGCGGGCAAUACUUUAUGGGCAGAGCUAAGGUUUGUGUGCAGGCUGCAAAUCGCUCGGCAAGCAGCCAUCACGGGGAUCUCAUAUUUCUGGUUCAAAAGCAAUGGUACGCAUGGUGGGGGCAGCUCUCAAAUGACCAUCCCCGUAUACUGAAACUGUAAAUAGACCUUCAACACCGGACCAAAUUUCGAGUUUGGUUCUUUUACCCCCAACAUAUGUCAGUUGCUGAGCAGAGUGUAUAUGCCCAUACUGCCGUCACUGAGUCGUGUCUACUGUCUCAUAUUCUGGGUAUUUCAGCCAUGUUUUUUGCUUGGCUAGACGAGAACCCGGUGGUGAGACCAGUCAGCCUGUUGUAUGCAUCUCGUGUUAUAAUGAGUCAUGUAAAUGUAAACAUAACUGUUGUUUGUUGCAAGCUGUUGGGAAUUUGUUAUUUGA